AUGGUUAAUCAGAUUCUUUACCGAACCUUCACGUCUCAAAAAUGUCAUGACAAAUCUCUUCUUCCUAACGGUGCAGAGGUAACUAUACCAUUUUAGUAUUGAUUAUUUGAGACGUGGUCAGGGUGGGGAAGGCAGAAACGGGAAAAAAAUAGCACAACAAAGUGCGACUGAAAAAAAGAUACAUGCAAACCGACAGGACUAAAUAACGUACUAAGCAUGUCCGUGACAACACUUGUUUACUAAGCGUAGCCUCGCGAGGGAUGCACUUUCAUCUGAUAAGGUCAUUUGUGAGUGCUAACGACGAAGAAUACGUUAGAAGUGCAAGUCUUGUUGGAGGAAUGUUAAGUAAACCAGGGAUCAAGGAAAAUGCUUUUGACCGUCUCGGUGAGUUUUUCACUGUUUUGAUAGUAAGUUUUAGGGACCGGUCACUAUUUAUCGCCCGGGGGGGGGGGGGGGUCGGAAGGAUUCAGAGGGGGGACCACUCAAAUUUGCUCGGAAAAUGAAAAGUUAUUAGGGGGGAUCACUUCAGUGAAGUAACAUUCAAAGAGGGAUCGGCUAAAUUUCACGUUGUUUAGCCCAAAAUACCCCCCCUUCCCCGGCGAUAAAUAAUGACCGGUCCCUUAGCAGAAAGAUGACUGAGAGAAAUAGAGCAUUGCUUGAGUUUUGGCGACUUUUCUAAGAUGGUACGAAAACGAUUUACUCUUAUAGUACCUUAUCACUUUUGAAGAAGAACAAAUCUAACUUUGUAAUAUAGCCGAACAACGACUCUAGUGGGUCGUUCCUUGGUGGCACGAAAGCAGGUAAUGAGCGCGAUGAUGCCAUCAGACACAAGAAAUUACGCUUUGUUGAUUAAAGCUUUUAAACAUACACAUAUGUUGGUGCGAUCAAAGAAGCCUUUUCUUGCAUAUAGCUUACAUGUACAGGGGAAGGAUACCAAAAUCAUUUCGGUAGAGGUAGUCGUGUGUGUACUUCUAACAGUUACAUCUACAAUCAUAAACGAAAGUCUUGGGACACUUUUGCAUUUCUGGGGCGUUUUCCAAUUCACUCAGGUCUAACCCCUUCCCUCAGCCCACAAACAAUGUUGGACGCGUGUAUCCAGAUUUUUUUCCGAGUUUCAACUUUGUAUAGGGUGGGGGAGGAAAAAUUGCAAGAAGAUUUCUAAAAGGAUGUACUGUUCCAAGAGGGAGCCGAGAAAUGACAGAAAAAUAAGAGUAUUGCAGUACUGUUCCAAGGACUUUAGUACACUAUUGUAGUUGAAACUGCAUAAAUGAGUGUUCUUAGGAAUGGAAAUUUCGAUAUGUUUCUCAUGAAUUGGGAUAACGUACGCAAGUAGGUGAGCGCCGAUUUGCCUGCUGGCACGCUGUGGACUCAACCCUUGGCUGGACCACAACUCAGGUCUUUAACCCUUUGGCGACUGUCUGGGUCAAUUCCAUUCUGUAAAGGAACGACGCACAUUGCCCAUUUCUCAAAGACUUAUGUUUAGAAUAGAAUAGAAUAGAAUAAAUGAAUAAUUCUUUAUUUAAAUACGGUAAAAUUCAUCAGGGGUAAAAAAAAAAGUUAACUAAACCUAAUUACCCUUAACAAUAUGCAAACCUAUCUACAACUAACCUAACAAAGACCUGUUUUUCAUGAAUACCGUGUACACAGUACAGUACUUAAAAAAUCUGAAAUUCAGAUGAGCCAAUCGUUUAAAUUCAUUUAAAGUUUUAGCCUCUCUCAUAUCACAGGGUAGGCUGUUCCAGAGAACUGCUCCGCUGUAACUUAGUUGUUCUUCAUGAAGGUAGUUCGCGGGAACGGGACAAUUAGUUUGUUAUCAGAGUCUCUUAGGGAGUAGCGCGGGAAAAUUUUAAGUUUAAGCCCUCUGAAAUGGCUGGAAAUGCAUUUAAAACUAACAUGGUGUACUGAUACUUAUAUACUUUCAAGAACAAAAAACGUCGCCGUAAAAAGAAAUUUUCUCCACGAAGAGUUGUGCAGCUUUAAAAGGAGUGUUAAUAUCCUCCAAGCCACACAAGAAGAGCUGGGUCCAUUAUGUCAAAGCUGACGGGAAUUCUCAUACUCCACGACUGUUAAAAUAACAAUUCCGAUCUAGCACUUUGCAGAAAACUAUAGCAAACAAACCCUAAAGGGAAUUUACUUGACCAACAAAAAAAUGCCUUGUAGGCACACCAAAUCUCCUUUUUACACUUUACGAAGUCUAAACCACGUUCUGUGGAAAGGGUGAGUCAGGGUUGUGUCCUCUUUUACAGCAUUUUCAAUUUCACUACACAAUUGGUAAAUUAGAAUAGAACAAUACCCCUACUUCACUUUCUUUUUAAGUCGUUGAUCAUCAAAAAAAGAGGACCUCUGGCUCCGCCCGGGAAGGGGGGUGGGAGGUGUGCGAGCGCACCUGUCCGCCAUCCCCUACGGGCUUAGGUAGUGCAAGUGAUUAGGUUGGCAUGAAGUGAUCUUUGCACAGAUAACUCACUUUGGAAAUUAUGACCAAUCCAGCUUGAGUUACACACCAAAAAAAACAACAACAACAACAAUUCACUGGCUACACUUUGAAAAUUGAAUUUCCCCCUUCCCUGGACAGUUGGCGGGGCAAAACUCCUUAGGAAAAACGAUUGGCUAAGUAGCAAAGUAGAUAAGCGGAAGAAAUGAAAAGGAAAAGAAAAAGGGAGCAAUGUAUCAAAGCAUAAGUAGUAGAGGAGACUGGUUAUGAAAGCCGGCAAACAUCAAGUUUGAAAACAGCGGUACUGUCAGUAGUUUAUGUUGGAAGCUCCCUGACCUUGCAAAAUCUUUUGUUUUUUGUUCACAAAUUGCGACUGAAAAAAUUAUGCGAUAUUUCUAUCGGUCAGUAAGUUCAAAAUGAUAGGAAUGUUAUUGAACAUUUUACACGGUCAGGUCCAAAAAUGCUAACAAAAACAUAACAAAAGAGUGUAAAGGGUUUCAUAACAAAAAAAAAAAAAAAAAUUUGGCUUGUAUUUACGCAUGCGCUAAAAGCACAACGAAAGGACGUCAAUUUUCAUCAGUAAAGUAUGACAUAAUAAAGUGUUGUAAAUCCCAUUUAAGGGUAUUUCCUUGCCUGCGGCGGAAAACGGGUGGAAAAAGAACAAUUUUUAUAUGUAAUAGGACUACAUGCUGUCCAGUUUGGAAUAACUGGAUAAAAAAAAUUCCGAGGGCAGCGAAAACUGCACGAGGCCGUAGUCGAGAGUCCAAUUUGGCUGUCAGAGAAUUCUUUUUAAUUAAAUUAAUUCCAAACUGGACAAGCAUAUAGUCCUUUUGCUUAUUAGUUAUAUAGCUGGUUCGUUAAUCCAGAUUUUUUAGCGUACAUGUAGGUGUCACAGACGCGAAAUAUUGUACACUCGAACCGUUUGUACUUAAAACAAAAUCACACUGCAAGAUCUGAAAAAAAGUGUCAACUUAUCUUUACAAGUGAAAAAACGUAGAACUAGUAUUUGCUCUUUCAUACCUUGGGCAUUUCAAGUAUAAGCUUAAAUUUUAAAAAGCUCAUUCAAUUAUACGGUGUUGUGAAAACUGCAAUUCCGAGUACAAAGAAGACAAAGCAACAAUGCAAAUGCUAAUUUUAGACACGAAAACUAUUGAAGUAAACAUUUCAUGGCGCUUUGUCACAGGGACUUUGCGCUGAUUAGCUAGUUUGCAUUGUCUAUUGUAUUUUCUAGCAUUUGAUUGGCUCAGACCAGCUUUUCUUAAAUUGGACAGUUUGCCUUUUUGUAAAGGAAAGCCCCAUCUGAAACUAUCCAAAUUAAUCCUUGAUUGGACAGUUCGUAAAAAUUAAAGGAUAAUCGCUUUACAGCUUUACAGCUAUAUAACUAUGUAAAAAAUAUUUCUUCCAUUAGUGAAAGGCCGUCUCAAAAGUGUUAUUAAUAAAUAACUGGGGUGAAAGUGCAACCUUUGUAAUGUCAUCUUACAAUGGUUAGACUUUCAAGUCUUUUCGGAUAAGGACUAUAAACUGCAGGCCCUGUUUCAAAACCCUUUUAGGGGCAGGGAACGAAGUACAUGGUGUGGUAGUCUAUCUUUGACAGCAUGUGGUCGGGCUCACUGGUUUAUUUUCAAGGGCUUCCAACACUCAGGAAACUCAAGAACUCAGGAAUUCAACUUGACGUCAACUUUGCUAUGACUGCUAUAACUUUACAGACUUAAAUGUAAGCUAACGUUUUAUUUACCAUCAUAAUAAAAUAAACACAGAAGGUAAAGAAAGGCGUUUCUGUUGACUUCACAGGCGUGGGAAGCCCAUAAAGCUAUACUGGUAGACGGUUACCUUGUAACACGUCAGCCCUAUGAAAGCAACGUCUUUUAUUACCGGUAUGGCGCGAGAUACACGAAACCCUUUUCCCGCAGAUUUCCACAUUUUGAGGUAAGAAUGCACCACUUUUACGAUGACAUCAUUUAAAUACAGCCGACAAAAUGUUUUAAGGGCCAUAGAAUCUCUCAUUUUAUGAUACUUCAUGGGGUGACACGCCGAGGUUGGUUUGCUCGAUCUGCCAGACCUAUCAACGUUGACAUUUUGCUCAGAAGCAAAAUUAUUUCUUUUUAAGGUGAUGAUUCUCGAAAGUGGGGAAACACGAUGGCUUGGGAUGGGAGUGGUGUUUGACGAUUACGGCAAGGAUUUGAUGCCUGGAUGGAGAGGAGGAACAGUUGGAUAUCACACAGAUGACAGGAGAAUUUUUGAUACACUAGCGUGCUCUUCCGGGAAAAAGACUAUAGGUUUGUAAUCUACAUUUUGUGUUCUGAUUAACGAAGGCAACGUAUUAAUUACAUUGGAUGACAGGAAAAUGUACGAUACUCUAGAAAGAAACAAAAUGGAAGAAAAUCUGAUUCAAGGAAGCAUAGUAUUGCACUUGGAAAAUAUUUUGGGUUACAUGAAUGAGUUAGUCCUAAAGAGUGUAGCUCGGAAGGCUGACGAAAAGGAAAAGUUGCAGUCAAAGUUUUUGAUGAGUCCGCUCUAUUUUUGCUCAUUUUAUAUUGUCGAUUUUCGCAUUACAUAACCCUCGCGACAGUUUUUAAUGCAAAAAAAAAGUUGUAAUGCUCUAGAUGUUCUACUACGAGUGCCUCCGAUCUGUAAAGACAUUUGAUGGCUGGUAAGGAGUUUAAUUAUUAUUUCUUUUUCCUUAAUAAGGCUCUACCGCAGCUCGCCGAGGUGACGUCAUUCGAUGCACUGUCAUGUUUGAAGACAAGCUAGAGAUAGAUGGUCAAAUCCGAAUUCCUGUUGUUUUUAGUGUAAACGGAACCAAGAUAAUUCCCGAAGAUAUGAAACCAUCUUAUAUUGAAUACAGCAUGGAUAGACCUCUGUUCCCUUACCUGGCCUUUCACUACGAAAACAGCGUUCUGGCUAAGGUAAUAUUACCGCGGUAGACAGUUUGUUCUAAACAUGCAAGAGGUCCAUAGCUAAAUUGUUGUUAUGAAACCAAUGUACUUAGGUGCGUACCAAUCCAACAAAUACAGAGUUUGUGCUGAGAAAGAAUAGAACGAAACAAAACAAAAAGAUAAAUAAUUUGUAAAUUAAAGAUCGUUUACCCUCUAAGAGGGUCUCAAUGGUUAAACGGCCAAAAAUUUAGCCGAUAGCCGUAAAAAUUGAAAAAUUUUAACGGUUAGCUGUAAAUGGGGUAAAAAAGAGUUAACCGUAAAAGAAAGUGUUCCCUAGAUUUGCUACUUUUAAGGAAGGUAUUAAACUCACUUAUGGUUGCGUUUUUUAUUUCCCGGCUAGUGUGUCUCCGUACGCACGUUAGGCGAAGCGCCUUUUAGGUGUUAACCAAGACCUAGGCUACAUUUCCGGCGCUCUCUCAGGGAACUAAUUUUUUCUAUAGCAAAAGUGUGGCUUCUUGCUGGGGAUUAAUAUUUGCAAUUUUCAGGAGGUGGUGCCCUCGAAACACUAGUGAAACAACACGCAGAGAUGUCACUGUUUGUAAAACACGUUGCCGAUAAACAACAUUUCCCUGUUUUUCUCUGACGCUACGGUAGACAUUGCCAUGCCUAGUCUUUGUACGGCAUCUUCCCACGCAAUCUCGGUCAAGGCAUUUCGAUGGCGAACUCGCUCGGACCCCGUGACCCGAAACGCAUUAGCCGCGCGGAAUAAUGUGGCCUACGGACAAGGCAACGGCAGACAGUCGUCCCGUACAGUCCUUCGCUAUCAUUGAAAACACUGGACACGGGAAUUUUGUUAUUGGCCGUUUUCACACUAGAGCUAGAAAUGGAUUAUCCGUCUGGGACUAGCCUGUGUACAGUCGCGUCCUCCCCACAGACACCCCUUCUCCGUUUUUUCCAAGGGUAGGGGGGCGGCUGUACACAGGCUAUCUGGAACGGAUAAUUAAAACUAUUCCAUUGUCAAAUUAAGACGUAUUACCUAUCUGACGCGGCGAAUAAUCAAACUGAUAACCCGUUUCACACGAAUAAUCCUUCCCUAAUGUGAAAACGGCCAUUUCUGUUAUAAUGAGUGUCGCGCCCCGGCCUUGAGUUGGGCGUUCGCGUGUCAGAAGCCCAUCAAAUGGAGCCUCCAUCUCCCAUACAAGCCCUUGGAGCCAACCCUUUCCCGAGUAGAUUUACAAUUAGAACGGUUCCCAGGGGAGACUUCGCGUGCCGACGGUGGGAAGAGCCAAUCACAACGACGAAAUGACACUGCUAUUGUACUUCAUCAAACAACAGAAAAUUGGGUGUUGACAGGCCAAACACAAUCAUAAGCUAGUGAAACGUGACUUUAGCGUUUUCAUCCCUCAGAGAUUUUCUUUCUUUUCUUUCUAGCCGGUAGAUUAUACUGUGGAGAGUUUUAAACUCUGACUAUGUUAAUCUUAAUUUUGGCUGCUUGUCUCACAUUAAGAGACCAUGAAGCUGGUCUGUUAGAUGCAUAAUGAUGAACUACUACCUACAGUCUGUAGUUCUGAUAGGAUUCGUUUUCUUUAGCCAAUUUUUUUAAGCUUAAGAUUAUUAUUUCGGCUAAAUGACUCAAUAAUAAACAAAUUUCUAGUUUUUCAAGGUUUUUUUUUCCGAAAUCCGUUUGUCUGAGAAAAUACUUGUAGUCCUUGUGGUUGUUUUGUCCGUCAGCUAGUGUGAUGAUUCCCUGCUAUGUUUUGUAACGCGGGGCCCAGCCAUUGUUUUCUCACAAAAAAGUGAUCUACAGAUGCGAAUUCGAAGGAAAGAAUCGAGCCUAAACUUCUACAGUAACUGCUGAGAAUUGUCCUGUCAGUCAACCAUUAUUCUUUUGUCGCAGCUACAAUCCAUUUUGUUUUUCUGGAGACAAGUCAAGUGAGUCCUUGGACUGGAGCGCGAUGUCACAAAUUCCUCUGUUAGCAAUUACUUUUGAGUUAGCUUCACGGUCGAGCAGCUGUUCUCUUCUGUUCAACUUUUCAAGUGCCAGUUUCAUCAGGCAACUCCCAUGGUGAUGCGAGUCAGUUGUAGAGGAAGACUGCAAUUUCUCACAAUUUCGGAAAUAAAGCAUUCCUCGUUAGUUGCCACUUACGGUCAUCGCUUUUGCACGCGGUGCUUAACUGGCGAAAUCCACUCCACGGUGAUGACAAAAAUCAAAUCAUGAUCCUGGCACUUUUUCGGCGCUGAUCAUCGAAAAGUUCCAGAUCGUCCACAGAACGCUUAAUCGUCGACUCUUUUCGAAGUGCAUGCUUACAUGUUGAAUGUAUGACGACAAAUAAAAACACUCGCAAAGAUAACCUUUCAGUGAUCCUCAGUUCGCUGCCCUUGUUUCAUCGCCUCACGCUCAGUCUCAGUCGGGUAAUUCAUUAACUUUUAUUUCAUGAUACCCAGAUCCCAGCGGCUGUAAAAUCAUAGAAACGGACGUAUAGUAAAAAGGAAAGUGGUCGAAGGAUGGGCUUCUGAGUUCGACUUCAUCCAACUUUAUUUUCCUCACGGUGACAUACGAGACUCACGGAAAUAUGACACUUUUCGCGGGAAACAAGCCGUUCUAUUUAUAAAUCUACUCGGGAAAGGGUUGACUCAAGAAAUUAAUGGAGAUGGAGGCUUCAUUUGAUGGGCUCCUGCGCGUGUUUAUUAGAAGUGGAAUACUUUAUAAAGAGUAUGAUCUAUCAAAUGUUAAUUUUUUUCAAAAUAAUAGCUUAUUUCUUCUCGAGAUGAUCCGAAGACCUUUAUUUUGAUUUGAAGAUACAAAAAAUACAGGUUAAUUAAUAUUUAACUUUUUAAAACAAACUUUUUCGUUAACCGUAACUGAAAACAAUUAACCGAUAGCCGUCAAAGAGCCAAAAUUUUAGCCGAUAACCGUAAAAGCCACCACCCCAUUGAGACCCUCCUCUAAGGAUGAGCUUUUUAGUGGGGAGGGGGGAGGGGUUGGGUGUUAGGAUUGGUUAGAGUAGGCGGUAAUGGAGAUUUGCUGUGUCCCGGGGUGAAACCUUUGAUCAGGUCGGUUCUCUAAGUCUUUGUCUUCGCAGAGUACGUGCAAAAAUAAUUUCGGGGAGCACAUCAUUGAGGGAAGGAAGGAAGGAAAGAAGGGAGGAAAAGGGGGAAGAAAGUAAUUAUAACUUUAUUUUACGCAGGAGGCAGAUUUUAGCUUUAGCAUCUACACGUACAACAAUUAAGUAUACACCGUAAAGUGAUCAAGUGAUGAAUAUAUGACGGGAUGUAUUUGUUUUUAAUCCCUUUAUAGACACCUUUACAAUACGGGCACCUUUCAUGUUAAUGACAUUUUUACUGCCUUUAUCCUUUUCAAUCCCACAAAAUGGCAAAGUAAAUAAAAUUAGACAAAUGUUCCUGGCUUCGUUUUGUAAAAUGCUGGGACACAAAUACAGUCGACUCUCUCUAAGCGUCCACCUAUAUAAAACGGACACCUGGAUUUGAUCCCUACCUUUCUUCAUUCCUUUUUUUUAACUCUCGAUGAGACGGAUAGGAUUUUGUCCACAGACCCAAAAGUUAGAACUUAUUUCUUACGAAACUCCAUCUGAUCUAAUGAGUCAUCAACCUCCACUUUUUAAUUUCAUAGUACUGGCGCCUGUGAUGUGGAAACCUUGCUUACCUCAUUAGUUUCUGUCCCUGCCAGCAGGGCCUUAAGGUUUCAAUUCGCUUGCUCCACUUUGGCGAACUCGAGAAAUAAUCUGCAUGGAUCGAGUAAAAUCUUUGUUAAGCAUGCGCGUCAUGUUGCUAGCAUAUAGUUCCGACUCCAAGCACAGGGCGCAGAGGAGUUAUUUUUGAUGGCAAUUGAAGCAAAAAGUUACUGCCGAACGAACGAGUGGCCUCUGUUUACUGUAGAAUUUGUUAUGAACUUGGUAAAAUAUUAUCCUUUGCUCCGUAAAACCGCUGAAGGUAAUGACUACGAACGAAUAACAGUUACUAACAUAGAAAUUUUCGCUUCAUUUGCCAAUAACUCCUCUGCUUGCUGUGCCCCAUGCCUAAUACCUGUGCGCUUGGUACCGCAAGCUCGAUUAUGACCAUCCGAUUAUCAAUAAACGGAUACUGGAACUCGAAAAUAAAAAGCUGUGUCACGAGUGAGAACAGGAAAUUGGGCUGCAGCGACCUCAAAAGUUUCAUCUGAUUAAGGCAGAUCCUCCUUUUCUCCUCCUCACUCAAGAAGACAAAAGGCGGGCUCUGAUCACAGGUUGAUUGUUUCUUUGCUGCGAACGUUUGACUGUAUUGUGCUUAAGGUUGUUUUUCUUUAUAUUUGCCUCAGAUGUGUGCAAGGGAGGACGUUGAUUUUCAAGGCCAAGCGUUAACAUCGAACAUCGCCGAAGUGGUCGAAUCCAAACUUCAA